UAAUGCUUACUUUAUUUCUAGUUAAUCUGAUUAAAUAAUAACCUGGGAUUGUGAUGUCAAUGUAUUAGCAUACGGAAGUAACACUUCCUGCAGGAAGAAAGGCAAAUUUGAACUAUUAGAAGCAGGUCACGAUCUGACUGCAAGAUGGAAAUAGAGCAGGAGAGACUGCAGGAAUAACAGCCCCUCAUUGCCAGAUAACACGGUUCGAAGUAAGAAUAUGGCUUGUGGACUGAAGAUUAAAGAUGAAGAAAGCGGCUACAAUAAAAACCUAUUUUGCAUCCCUAAGCAUUACGAAGAAGAUGUGGAAAGAGUCUUCAUUCCUCAUGGACUCAUCCUGGACAGGACAGAACGAUUGGCAAGAGAUAUCAUGCACGACAUGGGGAGUCACCAUGUCGUUGCUCUCUGUGUCCUUAAGGGAGGCUAUAAAUUCUUUGCUGAUUUACUGGACCAUAUAAAAGUACUAAAUCAAAAUGGUGAUAAAUCUGUGCCUAUUACUGUGGAUUUUGUUAGAAUAAAAAGCUACUGUAGAGACUCACCCACAAAAAAAAUCAGUAUAAUUGGAGAACUGUCCACGUUAAAUGGGAAGAAUGUGUUAGUAGUAGAGGACAUUAUUGAGACUGGCAGAACAAUGAAGGCGCUACUUGCAAAACUAAGGGACUACAAGCCAAAGACUGUAAAAGUAGUAAGCCUGCUCGUUAAAAGGACACAUCAAAGCUCAGGUUACAGACCUGACUAUGUGGGUUUUGAAAUUCCAGAUAAAUUUGUGGUUGGAUAUGCUCUUGACUAUAAUGAAUACUUCAGGGAUCUAAAUCACAUCUGCAUUCUGAAAGAGAAAGCCAAAGAGAAAUAUAAAAUCUGAUCGCAUCAUUUUUCUGGAGCAGAAGUCCAGUGUCAUGUAGAGCUGUGUGGACAAACGAUGAGGAGUUAUUUCCUACUAAACAUAUUCAUUUCACUGCAGAACUGCAAGGUUCUUUUAAAGACAGUUCUUUGUAUAUUUUUUCCUAUAAUAAUGAAAAUAUUGUUUUAUAGAAUAGUAUAAAAAAUGCUAAUGAUUGUUCUUCAAGCUACCAGAACAGAACGUUGAGUAUAAAAUGUGUAUUAUAUUGUAUAUAAAUCCCACUGGAAACCCCAGGGACAGAGCCACAAGACUUACACAUAUACAGCUAGCUUUGUCUUUUAGCUACUAUAUAAAAUAACACAAUUUAUGUAUUGUAUAUAUA